AUGAAUUGUUAAAAUUCGAAAUGCAGCAAGGAUAUACCUUAUAAUUCAAUUUUAAAUGGAACUCAAGUCACUUGUGAUAGCUGUUCAAACGCAUUUUACUGUUCAACCAAAUGUAGAGAUUUUGAUUGGUAUAAUAAUGAUUGAUAAUUUGGUAGGGAAGGAUACCAUUAUUUAGUUUGUAAUGGUUUAUUUGAAUUAGUUCCAAAGAUCUCUUUAAGUUAAUUGAAUGAUUAGAUGGAUUUGAUAGGUUCAGGAAGUUUUGGAUAAGUUUAUUUAAAAUAACUGAAUGGAUAUAAUUUUGCAAUAAAAAAAAUCAAUAAAUAUAUUGGGAAUAGAGAACUCAAAAUUCAUAAGCUACUUAAGCAUAAAUACAUAAUUUAAUUAUUAUAAUUUCUAGAGAAAGAUGAUAAUUUAUAUUUAGUAUUGGAAUAUGCAAGUAUUUUAUUAAUAAAAACUUAGAAUAUGGACAUUUGACAACAAAUUUGUAAAUUGAUCCCAAAUAGGUAAUAUUACAAUUAUGUAAUGCUUUGUAAUACCUACAUUCAUAAGGCAUCAUUCAUAGAGACAUUAAACCAAGUAAUGUGUUGAUAGACCAGAAAAAAAAUGUUAAAUUAUGUGAUUUUGGUUUGGCUACACAUAUAGAUAUCAUAAGCAAUUUUAGUGGAACAUAUGAAUUUAUGGCUCCAGAAAUCUUAAGGAACUAUCCUUAAACUUAUUCUGUAGAUAUCUGGAGUUUGGGAUGUUUACUUUAUUGGAUGCUUGAGAAAAAACCAAUAAUAACAGGUAUAGAAAAUAGAUAAGGUAGGUACUGAAGCAGAAAUGAUAGAAUAGAUUUUAAUAUUCACAGAACCAAAAUUUACAAUUGAGGAUACAUAUGCAAAAGACUUAAUAUUGAAAAUGUUAAAUCCAAAUCCUAAUGAGAGGAUUUCUUUAAAUCAAAUAUUCUUACAUCCAUUUCUAAUAAGAGAUGAUCAAAAUAAGACAAAAGUAGAAGAGUCUUCAAAUUCGUAUUCUGAUGAAACCUAAGCGAGUUAUCAUCCAUAAUAAAUUGUUUCUUAAUAAAAAAAUAAUAAUACAGAUAGAACUGUGUUCUAAAAGAUUGCCAGUUUAUUUACUUGCAUGGCUAGAGAUAAAUGA